AUGAGUCAAUCAUACAUCCUCGACAUCCUCGUCAAGGAUGCUCAGAUAGGAUCAUCAAUGCCGAUGUUACAGACGCCUUUAUGGUUCGUUUUGUCUGCUGAUGGUUAUCCCCAUCAAGUUGUGACUUCGCAAGCAAUUCCUUCAGCGCACCCUACCUGGGAAUUUCCCGUGAGGCUAGUAUUAGAGCUACAGGAUUUAUCCAGAGCGUAUUUAUACGUAACCUUAUCAACAUUUAAAUUCAAUUCUCAAUCUACACAAGUUUUAGGGAGAUCUAGAAUAGGGCUUCGGUCUUUUCCUAUUGGAAAUCCCAAGCGCUUUACUUUUCCCUUAAUGCAUUCGGCAAAUUCAGCGAAUAAAGCGGCAGAUGUUACUUUCGUUGCGACAUUGUCGCAAUUUACUCCUCGAUUUCCACAACCUGUUGUUAUGGCUCCAUCUCAAUAUAAUUCCCGCGGCUAUACUUAUCCACAAGAGGUAUUUUACGGAUCUAGAUUAUAA